CCAUGUGCCAAAACCUGGAAUAACUGUGCGCAACGAAUUCCGGUUUAUGUUUGUUUUGUCUUUAUUUUCUUCAGAGGACAUUUCUUUUUGCUUGCUGACUGGAAAUCACCUGCAUAAAACAAGUCUGAACAAAUAAUAUUCACACCUGAAUGAAGAUGAAAGUGAAAGCAGCCUUUACGGGAAAAAGCAUUUGUUGUUAAGUGAGGAACCGAAGAGCAGCUAUCCAGGCAAACAGGAUGACAGGUGUGGUUGAAGUGGCUGACCAAGGGCAAGGUAACAUUCAGGAGAUGGAAGAGAGGCAGGAGACAGUAGAAAAGGACAACACACAGCACAAAAGCCCGGUGAAGAGCAAGAAGAGGUUUGGGUCAUUCUCUUCCUUUAAGAAAAAGAAAGAAAGAAAGUUGGCUUCCUUGUCAGAAACAGAAGAUGGGCGAAAGGGUGAAAUUUCUAUUGAGACCCAAACUCUUAAGCUUGAUUCUUCAAGUACAGCUGCAAGUAUUCUUGCGUCAGAUGAGAACAGAAAAUCAGAUGGCAGCGACCCACGGUGCAAUGACCAGGUGAGGACGGAGAAACCUGAAAUAGAUAUGUCCCUCGGUGAGGAGAGGGGGAGCCUUAGCCAGGGCAAAUCAGGCAAGAAUCACCACACUGAAGUGGAAGCAAAGGAAGAGAAGACUGAAAACGUCCCCGAAACUCUGACCCCAACUACCGAUUCUCCAAGUCAGGCUGCUGACUCUCCUCAUGUGGAUACGAAUGACCAAGCGUCCAGUAGCAGUGCCCAGUGUAAAGGCCAGGUGAAGUCACUCAAGAGGAAUAAUAUGUUUUCAUCCUUCAGGAAGAUAGGAAAGCAGACAAAAUCCCUGCGAAUAAAGCAGGGUAAAUUCUUCGGAGGAGAGAUGGAUGAAAAGGGAGACCUUGAAUCACCAGGUCUAAAUACCAGUGAUUCUGCAACCAAGGACAGAAGAAAAGGUCUUUCCAGGACGCUUUCUGACCCCACAGAAUUCUUACGGGUGAAGAGAAACUUACAGGAUGAACAUUCCAAGCUGCUGACCUUAUUUGAAGAAUACCCACCUCUGGAGAUCCCAGACACACCUCUGUCAGUUAUGCAGAUCAACUGUGAGAUUGAGAAGAAACACCUCGAGGAGGCCCAUGUGAAUCUGCUCUCCAUGCGGCAGGAGCUUAAGAGGGAACUGCAGGAGAAUAGCACAGAGGACCUCCCCAAGGAGAUGGCCAUGAAGGAGAAGGACCUUAAUCUUCUCUAUAGAGCCCUCCGAGACAAGAUGAUGAACGUCGUCCGAAACUCAAACAAUGAGCAGCCCUGUGACACAGACCUGUUGGUUAAAGUGGCUCAGAUAAUCCAGGAGGAGGAGAAGAGGGAGAAGGACCCGGGCAGUGGGGAGUGGAGCUGGAGGGACUCCUGGAAGGAGGCAGUGAGGGAUGGGGUUAAGGCUAAGAUCAAGAGUGUGGCCCUAGACACCAAGGAGCAGAACAGGUCAUGGCUGGCUGUUCACCUUGGCCAGCUAGGCAAGGCUGUGGUGGAGGACUUGGAGGACGUGAAGAACAACCUGAAGAAGUGCUACCCUCCCAGCUUCGAUGUCUUUAACACCUACGUGGACAGCUACCAUCAGGCCAUUGCCCAACACCUCAAGGAAAUCCACCAGAAGGAGCUAGAAACCAAAGAUUCCUAUGUUCUGCUGAAGUGGAUUCUGAACGAUUACAAAAGCGAGAAUAUGAUGGGCAGCCCAACCCUCCAACCAGACAUGAGGAAAGAUGACCUGACCCUCCCCCUUGAGGACAGUUUUCUGCAUCAGAUCAAGGAAACAUACUGUGAUCAGAUAAAGGGUAAUUUGAAAAUAAAUCUGGAAAACAUAAUAAAGCUUCAAGAGGAAUGUUGGACUGAGAAGAAGGAACCUGACAUAGAAGACGGAUUGUAUCAUUCCGAAAUUCACAUAGAUAUCUGGACGGUCGUCAUGGGAUACAUUACAUGUUCCAGAGAUUUUGACAUACACCUGCAAGAGAAAGUAGCACAUGUCUGUAUGGAGGAACUAAUGCAUUUUCCUGAAUGGUUUGAAACCCGGUUCAGUGAGUGGAGCAAAGCCAAUAUGGCGUCUUCUCUUGGGGCUCAGUAUCAGGUCGCCUACAUCAACAGUUUCACUGUCCUAAAGGGACACAUAGAGGAGAGCAAAAAGAUUAGCCCAAAUCAGGUGACCAAUCUGGAGAAGAAGAUUGAGACUGUGGUCCAAAGUCUGGGUCAGAUGCUGAUGGACCAGUUCAAGACUGACUUAGAGCCGUACUUUAGGAGGAUGAUGACCAGGAAGUGGCUCUCCACGGACGCCGACUUCCAGAAGAUCCUGGGCAGAGUUCAGGAGAUUUCCAAGCACUGCUGGAGAAUGAAACCACCCUACGUAAAGACGUUUGUGGCCAAGGUGCACUACCACGUGGUGAGAGAGUACAUCUCCCAGUUGAUGAAGAACAACUACUCGUGCAAGAACAGGAAGCACGAGAGAGCAGCUGAAAAGAUGAGCCUGGAGUGGGGCAACCUGCAGAAGAUCUUUGAAGACACGGGAUCCACCGCGGUUUGGCUGUACCCCGUUGGGAAGCACCUGAGCGACAUAAUUGGACAGAGCAAUAAAAAAAACAUCAAAAACAGCCUUGAACCUCUGGUCAGGGACUACCCUGAUAUAAGUCAGCAGCACCUCUCGGCCGUGCUGUACUUCCGAGGUGUGACACGGGGCCGGGAGCGGAAGCUCAUCCUUCGGAAGCUGGUGGAGCUGAAGAAGACCAUGGGAGAUGGGGGCUUCAAGGACCAGGCACUUUUCAGCGACAUCCAUACAGGUGGCAACAUACCUGUAGGCUGCAGGGACAGUUUGGCGCUGCUCUGCAAGUCCUCAUCCCUGCCUGAGCGUUAGCCACAAACGCCAGGGCACAGACGAACUCAAAUAUCACAAUAAUCAUAUUAUACUGUGAUUUUUUAAUAUAUAGCCAUAUAAGCUUCAUACAGUGCUCUGUCAAAGGAGCCCAACUGCCCUGUGAAUUUUAGUUCACUGUAGCUGAAUUGUUUGUUUGCUGUAUCUGAGUAACAGAAACUACAGGCCAGUUUCUUUUUUUCUCCAUCUGCCUUGUGACCUGUAGCUUAACAUUAUAUAAAAAAAUGUUAAAUUAUUCAUUUUAUUGAAGAAGAAUAUGAAUAUAGUCACCAGACUCUGAUAUAUUAAACCAUGCUCUCAGUCGUUA